CACACUAUCUCAGAGAGAAGAACCGCACGCUUCCCACUGCUCCGAUGCCUGAAAAUAUUCAUAUGGCUGCCCCUGACAACCCAGAGAAGAACCAAGGGGACGGGGAUACGGAGAAGAGGAAAAAGAAAUCGAAGAAAAACAAAGAUGAAACAUGGGCCAAGGAGGAACCACGGGACCCUUUUGAGAUGCUGGACACUCUGCCUGAGGAAAAGCAGCAAGAGAUUCGGAAGGCGCUGCACCUGUUCUCCCUGGGUCAGGGCCCCCCAAAAAGCCUUCAGGAGGCUCGCAAGCAUGACUACCGCUUCUGGAGCACCCAGCCUGUCCCCAAGAUAGACGAGGUAGUGACAUCUUGUGGGCCCAUUGACACAGUGAAGCCCAGCAUGCGAGAGGAGCCCUACUCCCUUCCGCGGGGUUUCAGCUGGGACACACUGGAUCUGCACAACCCAGUGCAGAUAAGAGAGCUGAGCACACUGCUGAAUGAGAAUUACACAGAAGAGGAUGAUAACACACUGCGCUUUCACUACACCCCUCAGUUUCUGCUCUGGGCCCUGUGCCCCCCUGGCUGGCAGUCUGAGUGGCACUGUGGAGUACGGGUCACGUCCAAUCAGAAACUGGUGGGUUUUAUCAGUGCCGUUCCUGCCACUGUUAAGAUAUAUGACACUGAAAUGAAGAUGGCUGAGGUGAACUUCCUGUGUGUUCAUAAGAAGCUACGAUCCAAACGGAUGGCCCCUGUCCUCAUCCGAGAGAUGACCAGACGGGUUAACCAACAGGGAAUAUUCCAAGCAGUCUACAGUACCACGGCUGUGCUUCCUAAGCCUGUGGCAAGUUGCAGAUACUGGCACAGAUCAUUGAACCCACGCAAGUUGAUUGAGCUGAAUUUCUUGUCACUGGGACGGAAUAUGACCCUACAACGUGCACAGAAGCUGAAUCGCUUGCCAAAGAGUCCUAAGACACCGGGCCUGCGUGCCAUGACUGCUGAGGAUGUGCCAAGGGUGCAGACUCUACUGCAGGACUACCUAAGCACCUUCAGUCUAAACCCCAUCCUUAGCCGUGAGGAGGUGGAGCACUGGCUGAUGCCCCGAGAUGAUGUCAUUAACACCUAUGUGGUGGAGAGCCAAGAGGGGGCAAUCACUGAUUUGGUGAGCUUCUACACACUAUCAUCUGUGGUUCUGAACCACCCUGUGCACCGCAUUAUGAAGACAGCCUACUCUCUUUACACUGUUAGCACAACCACUUCCCUGCAGCAGCUGAUGGAAGACAUCCUCAUCAUUGCCAAAACAAAAGGGUUUGAUGUGUUCUUAGCUCUGGAUGUGAUGGAAAAUAAGACCUUCCUAGAACCUCUGAAGUUCAGUGUGGGGGAUGUGACCCUGAACUAUUACCUUUACAACUGGAGAUGCCAAAACAUUGCUUCAGACAAGGUGGGUAUGGUACUCAAGUGAGAAAGCCACACUUUGAUACCUGGACUGACAAGAAGCAAACAUGAAGAUUUUUUUAGGACUGGAAGCUAAUUAUUAUGGUUAUCAAUAUUUUACAUGAACAUUCACAGUUCUGAUGAGGUGAAAUGAAAUUAAAACAAAGAAACACAAGCAGGACAAAAAAAUACAACUGCAGUGAUCAAAAUUUAUUCUUUUAUACUGAGCUGUCAAAAUAACAGCACCAUCAGAGUAGUCAGUUAAUCAGGUUUAAGGGACGGACCUGAAUGAAAAACAGAUAAAAAUGCAACCUGAAUAUAUGUGCAUUUAUAUUCUCAAGUGUCUGUUACUGUUCAUGCCAUGUCUUAACCAGAACUAUGUAAUGGCUGUGAAAUAUGAUUCAUCACAUACCUUUUUUGUUGCAUUUAGAUUUUCUGGGUAUUUUAAGAGCCGAGUCACAUAUCCUCUCGUCACCUAAAAAAAAAAAAAUAAUGUG